AUGAAUGAUUUGUACACAUUUGACGCAUCAUUCGAGUCAGCUAUUGACACAUACAGAUGUGUCUCUAAAGCAUAUCGUGCCUUUUUUGCGGAGAUGAAAAUACCCAUUUUGGUUGCAGAGGCAAGUUCGGGCGACAUGGGCGGCGACUACAGCCACGAGUAUCAUCUGGCCCAUCCCAUGGGAGAAGACACUGUCAUAUCAUGUGAUUCUUGUGAAUACACUGCUAAUGAUGAAGUUGCAACGGCAUCAUCAUCCAAAAAGUCUCAAAAAACGUCUAUACCACAAGCCAUCACGCGCCAAGACAUUCGAGUAUGGCGUGGUAUCACUAGAGACCGCACGACACUGAUCAACGCCUGGUAUCCCGUCAAGGACGAGAAUAGUACCGGAGCGCAAAUAAAUACAAAUGCCGUCAAACAAGUCAUCCCAGAGCUAGAUACAAGCAUUAACGAUGCCGUCCAAUUUUGGAAGGAUGCUGCCUCUACAAAGAAGAACGGCAAGUACACACAAUCUCGAAUUCUCAACGUUAUUGACUUCAGGUUGAAACCUGUCUUUGGCCAAGUGAAGGAGAACUUGCCUUUGAUUCCGGACUCUGUUCAAGACAUCAAGCCUUUAUCUCAGUCAGACGUGAUUGACCUACCACAAGGGGAGCCGUUGAAUCUGCUACGGCUGAUGGAAGGGGAUGAUUGCCCCCGUUGUGAAUCUGGCUCACUUCGGAUUCACCGGGCGUUGGAGCUAGGCCACACAUUUUACCUCGGUGCCCGCUACUCGACACCGUUCGAGCUGUCCGUUAUUCUUCCGAAUUCCAAGGACCCCGUACCUGUGGAAAUGGGGUGCUACGGAAUUGGUGUGUCUAGAAUCUUUGGCGCCGUGGCCGAACACAAAGCAGACGAGCGAGGCCUCAAUUGGCCGAGGGCCAUCGCUCCAUUUGAAAUUGUCGUCAUCCCAACAUCAGGCGUGACCCCUGAAACAUUGGGAUUCUUCGACAAGCUUACCAGUCGCUCCAGUUCUGGGCCAGGAUUCGACGCAGUUUUGGACGACCGCAAGGAGACAUUCGGGUGGAAGAUACAGGAUGCCGACAUGAUUGGGUACCCUGUUGCCAUUGUUCUCGGAAAGGCGUGGAGAGAAGGCGGAACAUGCGAAGUGCAAUGCAGGAGCUUGGCUUCCAAGGAGAACAUUGCCGUUGAGGAUGUGCCAGCACAUUUGAAUGGCUUACUCUCGCAGUUGUAA